AUGGAGACAGGGACCCCAAUCCCCUCGAACCAGCGGCUGGAACCCUCCGCACCUGGACCAGAGAAGGAUGCCGUUGAUGAAAUCAGGCCACCACAUGCCGCCCUCGAACCACACCCAACUCCACCACCACUCGAGCCAUCCCCGGACGACACCCUCAGGAAGGAACACGCCACCAAAAUGCCGUUGUCGCCAGGAAAAGGGGACCUGAGGCUUUCACCUGAGCUCUUGGACGGGAUGGGAGGAGGAGGAGUCCCACCGAAGCCUCCAACAAGGGGUUUCCCCUGGAUCCGCCCCAAGCACCAGAUCCGCGCACCCGACGCCGAGAUCCAGCGACCAGAGCCGCCAGAGGCCGAGAUCAGCGCGGAUCGGAGUAGAUCGAGGUUGAAGACGCCACUUCUCCAGGGCGCAAACGACUGGCGAGGAGUCGCCGCAGCAGCCGUCGCCCGCCGCCUCCGCGCCGCCCUCACGGCCAGGGAGGCGGCCCACCUGCACCCGCCGACGCCACCCGCCGCACAGGCCACGUCGCGCGCCGCCGUCCGGGGCCGCCGCCCCGGAAGCCGAGGCCCUCCAUACAGGGUGAAGCCGCCGAGAUCCCCGCCGCCACCUUCAUCAGAGCCGCGCGGGCUCGCCGAGGUGCUCCUCUGGCGGCGGCGGAGGGGGGGAAGGGAGCGGAGGGGGCUAAAGUUUGGCAGCUAG